GGUAAAUCUUUCACAUGUGCUACUUAUCUUUGCAGGCAUGAAAGCAGUCAUACUGGAGAGAAACCCUUUAAAUGCACUCUAUGUGGUAAAGCCUUCCCCUAUACCACUGAUCUCAUAGGGCAUAAAAGAACACACGCAGGAGAGAAGCCUUACAAAUGCAAUCAAUGUGGUAAAGCCUUUGCAAAAAACAGUCAUCUCAUAAGCCAUAGAAGAACACAUACUGGAGAGAAACCUUACGAAUGUAACCAGUGUGGUAAAGCCUUUGCACGAAACAGUCAUCUCAUAAGCCAUAAAAGAACACACACUGGAGAGAAACCUUAUGAAUGUAAUGAGUGUGGCAAAGCCUUUGCAGAAAACAGUCAUCUCAUAAGCCAUAAAAGAACACACACUGGAGAGAAAUUUUAUGAAUGUGACGAGUGUGGUAAAGCCUUUGCAGAAAACAGUAAUCUCAUACGGCAUAAAAGAACACACAGUGGAGAGAAACCUUAUGUAUGUAACCAGUGUGGUAAAGCCUUUGCACAAAACAGUGCUCUCAUAAGCCAUAAAAGAAUACACACUGGAGAGAAACCUUAUGAAUGUAACCAGUGUGGUAAAGCCUUUGCACAAAACAGUGCUCUCAUAAGACAUAAAAGAACACAUACUGGAGAGAAACCU